GUGCACUAAUUUAUGGUUUAUUUGCUUUCGUAGGGAAUAUAUUUCGCCGAUAUGUUCGCCAAAAGUCAGUCCUACUGUUCUACCGGUGCGUUCGGCGCCGACUCUUACGGACAAAAGUUUGCGUUUUUAUGCGAAGUAUCGUUGGGUGCCGUACAGGACGUCCGCACCCGAGACCUGUCCGACAAACCAUUUGUGUUGAACGCCGACAGACAUAGCGUGAAGACAUCGCACACUCAACACAUACCGGACCCGCAGUCCUGUGUCUACUGGAAAGGUCGUACCGUUCCGAUGGGCGCACCCGUACGCCAACAACAGUCCGAUGCCAGCGACGUGUAUAAUGAACUGAAUUAUAACGAGUAUAUUGUGUUCAAUAGCCAACAAACGUGUUUAAGAUAUUUGAUUCAAUUCGAUGACUGAACGCCUGUCCAUUGCCGGUAAACUGUCGUUCCCAUCGCUCUCAUAGGCUGUCAACUCAUUAUCUCUGUCUCUCUCUCUCUCUCACCGCUCACUCACAGACACUAUAUAUUUGUCUCUUGAUGUCUAUAUCUUGUAAACAUAACACAUGUUUUAUUGUGGCAUUUAUUGUGUGUUUUUACGGCUACCGUUCCGCUACUGUUAUUGUCAUUCGUUGUGAUGAUUGCAUUCAUGACAUCCAUCGACACCAAUUGUCACAACAGAUCAGUUGAUAUGAUAUGCGAAAUACGACAACAAAAUUGAUUUGAAAAUAGACACAAAAAAGACUAAACAAAACAAAUUGUUUUGCAUCUUUUAAUUACAAUUAUUUCCCAAAAACUAACGAUUCAGUCGAGUAUAUCAUGUCUGAGAUUAAGAUUUUUUAAAAAUUGAAUAAUUAUUUGAUUUGCUAUUUUUGUCACAUAUUUGAUAUGCUUUUUGUGCAAAGCCAUGGGUGGCUGGGAAUGGGAGGCCUGUGCUUAUAAAUAUAACCCCCCACUGGUCACAGACAACCCGUAAACCCCACCAAUAAUAUAAUUGUGUAAAAUAUAAGUCAAUUCUAGAGCUCAUACGGCAGGGGUUUGUGAUUAAUAACAGUUAUGGCUCAAUAGGACAGGGAGUUGUGAUUAUGUCUGCCUUCAACUCUACCCGAGACCCCCUUACCGGCCAUUACCACUCGGGGGGAGGGCUAACCCGUGGGGUUACCGAUAGGUUUAGCUUAGCGUUAUUUAUAGGAAUACUGUAGUAGUGUUUGUCACUCGAUGUGUAUUAAGAAGGGGGUGUCAAAGGUGUCGGUGCUCACAAACCACGUGCUCAGCCAUUUGUUAUAUAGUAUAAUCAGGGCCACACUUUACCCCCGAUCCACAACCCUCUGCUCCCCCCGACCCACUAAUCCAUGGCUUUAAUCGUAUAAAAUCGGAAACUAAGCGACAAAUUAAUGAUUUUAAGUGUGAAUACGAAAUACUGACAAAACAAAACAAAACAAAACAAAAACUUUUUAUGACUUAAAAGUAUUUUUAAAGAUUCAAUUCAUUUGAUUAUAAAAGCGUUUUGAGAAAACAUACGGAAAAUAAUUUUUGUGUUCAUUUUUGAGUUCAUUUUUUAUGACUGUCUCUCGGAGUUUAGUUAACAAAACCC